AUGGCCGCAACUCGCCGCGCAUAUCCCGCGCCUUACCGAGACGCCGCCGGCCGAAGAACUCUAUCCGCCGUACGGCGAUCAACGUCUACCGUCCUGAAGUCGUUUCCUAUCCGCAUCGAACUCGCGCGAGUCCCGAGCGCCGUUGUACAAGGAACAACGCCGGCGAGAAUUCCUCCCGCCGAUGACAGCCUGUCGACCGCCGCAGCGAGUCGCGUACUCACCAACAACUCCGCGGCAUUUCCCUCAGCUCUGCCUGCGGCGACAAAAUCCAACCCGACCUCACCUGGAGGCGUCUGGACCGGAAGUCUGCUGACCCCACCAGGACCUCCGCGAGGCCAGGAGCCGAUUCGGCGCCGAGCAUGCCCACGUGGAGGGGCCGACCGUAAAUCGCCGUCGACCAACAGAAUUCGAUCCCGUGCCCGAGCCGCUGACCAACGCGAGGUCGACGGCGACUGCCCGCGCGUCGUCGCUCGCAGUCACCGGAACUACGGCGAC